AUGUAUUUUACCCUCUACCAAAAGCUGUUCGCGACGAUCGCUGUGCUAGGAGCCGUUUCGUGGGUCCUUAUCCGGCGUUUUCUUACUCGCCGUCGAUUCGCACGCGAGCACGGUUGCCAGCCUGUGGCGAGGUCCUUCAACAAAGAUCCUUUCUUAGGCCUCGACACGAUCCCCAGUAGCAUCCGCGCGCGCAGACAGCAUAAGCUUCUCGAGCGGGGCUGCGACUUAUUCGCCGUCUACGGCAAUACGUUUACGGUGAAGGAGCUGCAUAGAAGCGUGAUCUUGACGGUGGAGCCGGAGAACAUCAAGACCAUCCUUUCGCUCAAAUUCGGUGAUUACGGCAUCAACCACCGUCUCGAUGCGUUCAGACCACUGCUGGGGGAUGGAAUAUUCGACACGGAUGGUGAUCACUGGGCCGCGUCGCGGGCGCUCAUUCGACCCAGCUUUACCCGUACCCAGGUGGCUGACUUGACGACGCUUGAGAACCUGAUCCAGGACCUCUUCCUCCUGCUUCCGCGUGAUGGAAAGACGGUCGUAGACCUGCAGGACCUCUUCUUCCGCUACACCAUUGAUUCGGCGACCGAGUUCCUCUUUGGAAAAUCGGUCGGAACUCUAAAGCAGACCCGGCAAGGACCUGAUUUCGCUGGAGCAUUUCACUAUGCGCAAAGGGCUAUCAUAAUUCGGGGCACGCUGGGUUCUCUCAAGGCGUUCUACCGCGAUUCAAAAGGCGACGAGUGCAAUCGCAUCUGCCGGGAGUUCGCCCAGCCCUUCGUGGACGAGGCAUUCAACGCGGUUGAGGCUAAAAAAGCAAACAGAGAGGGUCACCACUUCGAAACGGAGAGAGAGAAGCGCAUCUUCUCACAUGAGCUGGCUUCGCGGACAUCCGAUAGGCAACGUGUUCUGAAUGAGCUGAUGAACGUUUUACUGGCUGGCCGUGACACCACGGCUAGUAUGCUCAGCAACUUGUUCUUCAUGCUGGCCAAGAACCCCGCAAUAUGGGACAAGUUGCGCAGAGAAGUAGCUCACUUGCAGGGCCGGGCGCCGACUUACGAAGAGCUCCGCAGCCUCAAAUAUGUCGAGUACUGUAUGAACGAAUCGCUACGUUUGCAUCCUGUUAUACCGCGCAACGAGCGCAUGGCAUUGAGAGACACCGUACUACCUCUUGGAGGAGGUGAAGAUGGCCUCUCGCCAGUUUUUGUGCCCAAAGGCACCCUGGUGGGUUACAACUUAUACGCAAUGCAUCGGCGGAAGGACUUUUACGGGCCAGAUGCGGAGGAGUUUCGCCCGGAACGCUGGGAAGACGAAAAGCUGCGGCCACGCUGGGGAUACCUGCCCUUCAACGGCGGCCCACGUAUCUGCGUGGGCCAACGGUAUGCUUUGACUGAAGUUGGGUACGUUGUCGUCCGGAUGGCCCAGGAGUUCCAGGUGCUUGAGAGUCGGGAUGCGGGGCCAUGGGAGGAGUCACUGACUCUGACCCUGAGCUCCCGGAAUGGGACAAAGGUGUGUCUCACACCUGCAAGAGAGGCCGAGUUCGCUGUAUAG